CAGAAUUCCACAUGCCCAAGUACUAUUGUGAGUACUGUGAUAUUUUCCUCACACACGACAGUUCAUCUGUUCGGAAAGCACACAAUGCAGGAAAAGCACACGUUGCCAAUGUUCGAAACUACUAUGCUGAAUUAGGUCAGGAUAAGGCACAGUCUAUCAUUGACGAAAUCACAAAGGCUUAUGAAGGCGCUGGAGGACCUGGUGGUAUACCGGCUCAAUAUGCUGGCUAUCCCCCACCUCCAAUGUUUGGUGGACCAGGGUUCCGACCACCUAUGGGCCCGCCGCCAGGAAUGCGCGGUCCACCACCACAAGGAUUCCCCGGUGGCCCUCCACCUGGCGUCUCACCAAAUGGACCUCCUCCAAUGGGUCAUGGCCCCUAUGGUCAGCGACCUCCCCCUCCUCAAUUCUAUGGUGGCCCAGGCGGACCUCCUCCACCAAAUGGAUAUGGACCUCCGCCCGGUGGUCAAGACAUGCGAGGACCACGACCAGUCGAUGGUCCUUGAUUUACCUAUUCAAUUGUAGAUACGCGACGGAAUAAACCAUAAAAAUGCCUUCUUCCUUCUUUUUUUUUUUUUUUUACAGAGAUGCAUCGACAAAUCCAUCAUUUUUACUGUUGUUCAGAUGUUAUUCAGAAUAAUACAAUCAUUUGAAAGGGAUACAAAUGUUGGGGAGUGUGUGCGGGGGGUAACGCUGUCCGCUUGACGGGACAAAGUAUGAAAAGAGGUCACAG